GCUGAGGAAGCGGGUCUCAGGGACACUCUAUAGGGACCCGGAGCUGAAUGUGGCGGCAGGACGAGCUCAAGCGAGACCCCCAAGUCCGGGUACGACCCUCUGAGCCUCAAGACUAUCCCAGUGUCCCAGCCCAGCUUGCAUCUGAGCGGAGGAACGGGCUCCAGGGUGCUGGUAGCCCAAAUGCCUUUCCCAGACAGAGGAGCUGCGUCUCAACACCCCAGCUGGGAUCUGUCCAGGAUCACUACAGAAGCCUGAGCUGUUCUUUAUUAGAAAUGCAUAUUCCCAAGGCGCCCUCUGGUGGAUUUGGAAUUGACAGUCUGUGAAUUCCAAGUGAUGGCCAGGGUCCUAGUACCGAGCCUCAGAACCUUCCUUUGGAAUGAGACUCUGCAUGAACAUUACAACUACGUGGGCAAGCUGGCCAGCCGGCUGAAGGAUGCCCCUGAGGGCAGCACCCUCACCACUGUGCUGUUCCUGGUGAUCUGCAGCUUAAUCGUCUUGGAGAACCUGAUGGUUCUGAUUGCCAUCUGGAAAAACAAUAAAUUUCACAACCGCAUGUAUUUUUUCAUCGGCAACUUGGCUCUCUGUGACCUGUUGGCUGGUAUUGCCUACAAGGUUAAUAUUCUGAUGUCAGGGAAGAAGACACUGAGUCUCUCUCCCACAGUCUGGUUCCUGAGGGAAGGCAGCAUGUUCGUGGCCCUCGGGGCAUCCACUUGUAGCUUACUGGCCAUUGCCAUCGAGCGGCACUUGACCAUGAUCAAAAUGAGGCCAUAUGAUGCCAACAAGAAGCAUCGAGUCUUCCUUCUGAUUGGAAUGUGCUGGCUCAUUGCAUUCUCACUGGGCGCCUUACCCAUUCUGGGCUGGAACUGCCUGAACAACCUCCCUGACUGCUCCACCAUCCUGCCCCUCUAUUCCAAGAGCUACAUCGCCUUCUGCAUUAGCAUCUUUACUGCCAUCCUGGUGGCCAUUGUGAUCCUGUAUACACGCAUCUACUGCCUGGUGAAGUCCAGUAGCCGCAGGGUGGCCAGCCCCCACAACUCAGAGCGGUCCAUGGCCCUGCUAAGAACCGUGGUGAUUGUGGUAAGCGUGUUCAUUGCCUGCUGGUCCCCACUUUUCAUCCUCUUCCUCAUUGACGUGGCCUGCAAAGUGAGGGAGUGUGCUGUCCUGUUCAAAGACAAGUGGUUUAUUGUGCUGGCAGUGCUCAACUCCGCCAUGAACCCUGUCAUCUACACACUAGCCAGCAAGGAGAUGCGGCGUGCUUUUUUCCGACUGGUCUGCAACUGCCUGGUCAGGGCCCAAGGCACUGGUUCCUCACCUAUCCAGCUUGCUCUUGAUCCAAGCAAAAGCAAAUCCAGUGGCAGCAAUAACAGUAGCCCCUUCCCUAAGAGCAAGGAACACAUUCCUCAAACAGUCACUUCCCCCUGCAUAACUGACAGAAACAAAACCCUGCAGAACGGGAUCCUCUGCAAGUGAGACCCAGUCUCAAGGUGCAGGGGUCCUUACAACUGCACGGGAGGAGAGGCACCCAACUGUGCGGCCGGCCAUGUGCUUAUUUAUUACAUGCUUGCCAGGGUUUCGCCAGAGCUGAGUGAGACUCAGGACAUCUCUUCCUGUCCCUUAAGGCUGGGACCCAAGGACUCACCAACUCAUUUUGGUGUAGACAGCAUUCCUUGUCCAUUUCAGGCUCCAAAGACUUCCAAAUGUACAGAGCUGCUGAUGUCAUCACCACCUUCCCCUGACUCCCACCAGUCAUUCUCCACUGUUCCUGGAAAGGGAAAGUCAUGGGCCAUUCUGUGUACAGUGUGUUUCCCAGGACAUUGGGAUGAUGUUUGGGUAACCACACUAUGCUGACUGUUUCCAGAAUGGAUGCUGUGUGUUCUAUCAUCUGUGGGCUGCAUGGCACUGGUGUUUCACAUGUCUGCUAUGGGCACAUGCAGAAGCUGCAGUACUCAGUACAGUCAGCAAGUAACACGAGCAUGUUCUAAACCAAACCACCAGCUGGGACAGAAGCAAGAACAGACCCCUGGCCUGCAUCAUCUUUCCAAGUUGCUUGAAGCAGCCAUAUAUUUAAUGGAAAAUGUCUAUUGAAUUAGGAUAGGUUUACAAGACAGAACUUUGAUCCUAUGUUAAGUUCAAUUUGCUAUCAGAAAUGCACUAAAUCAGUAUGCCUUGUGUUGUCACAGCUGGGGACCUGGAGCCAGCAGCUGUCUCAUGACUUCUGGAAAGCUGACCCUGAGAGUCACUAUUAGAAAAGUUCAACUGUUGGGAAAGAAAAUGUGAUCUUGUGGUUUGUGCAUUCUUCAAAGAUAUGUAAUAUCAUAAUCUUACCUUUCAACAUAGGUCCAGGCUCUGUCACUCUGUUAAAGGGACUGCCUGGAGGUAUUUCUGUGUGUGCUCUUCCCCAGGGAUCCUCUAUGAAUACAAACUGAUGAAAAGAAGCACAUAUCUGCAGAGCUCUCAUAAGCACACAGUUGACAUGUUGAAUUCUUUGUAAAAAAAAAUCAAAACAAAUAACCUUCAAAAGGAUUCUUAAUUGGGGAACCUCACAUGAGAAUCCCCCUGAUAUUUUUAGGUUCAGUGAGGACAUUGCCUGAGUAAAUAUUAAAAGAGUAGUCUUAACACAUUAACUAUUUUGAAGAGAAAUUGACUCCUGUUUUAUCUGAUGCAAAUUCCUCUUAUUAAGGGAUAUUUCCAUGAGUAUUGGGGGAUCUCCAUGUACUGACCAAAGACUUUCCUCAUUUUAUUACUGAUGAGAUAAAUCCAAUUUGUAAGAUGUUCAUCAGUGGCAUUUUUUGUAACAUUCUUUAUAUCGCUGAAAAGGAGAUUAUUCUUUUACCAAAUAACUUAAGAAAACCCAGGGCAUUUCUAGAAAAGUUAAGCAUUAAGGCACUGGCUGACGUGGCUCAGUGGGUUGGGUAUCACCCUGCAAACUGAAAAGUCACCAGUUUGACUCCCAGUCAGGGUACGUUCCUAGGUUGUGGGCUGUGUGCUCUGCCCCUGUCAGGGUGCUUGCAAAAGGCAGAAGACAACCAGUCGAUGUUUCUGUCCCUCUCUUUCUCCUUCCCUCUCCCUCUCUCUAAAACAAAAUUUAAAAAUUAUUUUUAAAAAAGGGAAAAAAUGCAUCAGAGCGCUAAAAUGUUGGGUAUUACAUUUUGCUUAGGUUAUGACAUGACUUUAGAACUUUCUAUCUUGGUUUUGAGUUGUUUUGGAGACCCUGGAUCUCUGGUGUUAAUAUUAAUGACACUUUGCACUAUAGCCACAACUUUCCUUUAAAAUAACACAAAACUGUUAAGAAAUCUGAAUGAAAAAUACCCAAAAGAAGUAAUUAUGUUCAUUUGAUGUGUACAAAAAUAAUCAACUUUAACACCAAUGUGUAUACUCUAGCUAGCUGGAGAUCAUUUAGAAGUGGAGUGUUUCAAAGCCACAGAGAAUCUGCCCAUAGAUUGCACUCAAUUAGUAACCAUUAUUAUGUCCCAUGUAUGUUUAUUAAAAAA